AUGGCAGGUGAUGUGUGCAGCCAUGUUAAGGUGGUUGUUCGAGUGAGGCCAGCCAACGACAGUGAGAAGUCGGAGAAGUUCAGGAAUGUUGUCAAAGUUUUGGAUAACCACAUGCUAAUAUUUGACCCAAAGGAUCAAGAGGCCCUAUCUUUUGGGCCACAAAGGAGCCAAAACAGGAAUAUCAACAAGGCGCGAAACAAAGACCUUACAUUUGUUUUUGAUCGUGUCUUUGGAGAGGACUCUGCUCAUUUGGAAAUAUUUGAAAACACUACGAAAAGUGUGCUGGAGGGUGUGCUGAAUGGAUUUAACUGCACAGUGUUUGCCUAUGGUGCCACUGGUGCAGGAAAGACACAUACCAUGUUAGGAUCACAAAAUGAUCCUGGAAUUAUGUACCGCACCAUGAUAGAGUUGUUCCAGCGCAUGGAGGAAGUCAAGGAGGAGAAAGUAUUCGAUGUUGCCUUUUCAUAUCUUGAGGUUUACAAUGAGCAGAUCAGAGACCUGUUGGCUAACACUGGCCCCCUGGCAGUAAGAGAAGAUAGUAGUAAAGGAGUAGUGGUCCAGGGCCUUACACUGCAUCAGCCCAAAUCUGCAGAGCACAUUCUUGAGGCUUUGGAUUAUGGCAAUCAAAACAGGACACAGCACCCCACUGACAUGAACGCCACAUCCUCACGGUCCCAUGCUGUAUUCCAGAUUUACUUGAGGCAGCAGGACAAAUCUGCCACCCUCAAUCCUAACGUAUGUGUUGCCAAACUGAGUCUGAUUGACCUAGCAGGCUCGGAAAGGGCUAGCGCCACCAACGCCAAAGGGGCACGUUUUCGAGAGGGAGCAAACAUCAACCGCUCGCUCCUUGCCCUGGGGAAUGUCAUCAAUGUUCUUGCUAACCCUAAGAGUAAGAAAGCACACAUACCAUACAGGGACAGCAAGCUGACACGACUGCUGAAGGACUCCUUGGGAGGCAACUGCAGGACGGUCAUGAUCGCCAACAUCAGCCCGUCAUCCAAGUCCUACGACGAUACCCAUAACACACUGAAAUACGCCAACAGGGCCAAGGAGAUAAAGUCUUUGCUGAAAAGUAAUGUUGUCAGCUUAGACAGCCACAUUGGCCAGUAUGCGCAGAUCUGUGAGCAACAACGGCAAGAGAUCGUAAUGUUGAAGCAGAAGCUGAAAGAGUAUGAGGAGAAGAAGACUGAUAACUCGGUGCCUGGGAAUUCUAACACCACCUCCUCUCAGAUUCAGGCAGAGUUUAAAAAGGUGUCAGACUCUCUGCAGAGAAUCUUCUCCGGCCGGGCCCAGAUCAGGAGAGAGCAGCUGGAUCUGGAGAGACAGCUGAAGGAGAAUGAACUGCGCCAACACCACAGUGAAGUGGGCUACCUGCAGGUGCAGAGUUUCUGUGGCAAGGAAAAGACUGAGAAGGCCACCUGUAAGCACGAGCGCAGGAUUGCCUCCCUGCGUACGAAGCAGCAGCAUGUUCAGAAGUGCUUAGAGAACGUGGUGGCCCGCUUCCAGGAGAACGAUGGCUGGCUUCAUCGAGUUGAAAAUGAGAUGAAGAUGUUGGGAGUAGGUGGCCAAGUGCCAGAGGUCCUACAGAAAGACCUCCACUGCCACAAACUGGAGAUGCAGGUAAAAGAUCUGAAGCAACAUGUCGAGCAGAUGAUCAAGCUCACUGCACUGCAGGACCAGGAGAACAAGCGCACAGAGAAAAUGGUGAACAUCUUGCUGCCGGCCUACAGUCGAAACCACAGCACUCUGCACAGGGCUGGGCUGCUCACAGAUGACGCCGAGUACCACCAAGUGGAGCACCUGGUGCUGAGGGAGAGGGGUGUGGUCUGGGCGGAUCAGGAAGGGACGGGACUGCCUCUGGCAGGUGAAAGAACCAGGGAGGGGCAACAUGAGCCCAGUGAGGAAGGAGCCUCUGGGUCCCACUCAGACUUGGCAUCCAUCCUGCCCUUCUCACACCUUCUCUACCACCAAAACAGUCCCUGCAGUGCGGAGAGACACAAGAGAAGAGCUACGCCCUACCAGUCCCUUCCGUCACCUAAAGAUACACAGAAUCAGGCGGCAGGAGUCAAACGCAAGAAGACGAUAAGGAGAAAUCUGGCGGUGUCUUUGCCACAGCACAGCCCCGGUACCACCCAGUCACGUGUCUUUGAAGACGGCGUGUUCCCACUCCAGCUCACACCUGAUAAUGUUCAGAACACCACUCUUACCCUACCGCUCGCCACUGACAACAGCGAUCCCAACACGACCUUCGAAGUCUUUGACAGCACCGAUCAAACAACGAACACCACCGUCGUUAAAAGCAGCGCCCCCUUUCAAGCAACAGGGUCCACGCACAAAUCAACUCAAGGCCGACCAGCAAACACCAAGCUGAAGCAAAGCACUACCAAAAGGUUGGACUUUGCAUCUUCACUAGACAUGGGAUGUGCCAAGCCACCUUACAUGGCCAUGACAUCAGCUGCACAAGGGAAGCGUAAAUUAAACUGCAUCCAAGACGAAGAAAGACAGGCCGUGUCAGUACCCAAGCGCAGAAGGCAAGAUCUCCCAGUGCCCAGGAAGCCCCUGAGGGUGCAUCGUUCUACCGGAUCAGAGGAGAACAAGGCCCGGAGAGUUCCGAGGACCAUGUCGGAGAGUGGUUUAAGCCUCUUUGGACCUCAAAAGUCUUACUCCGUCUUCCUCAAAAACUCCCAGCACUUGAGGCAAGGGGCCAAAAGGAGGAUGUGAAGCAUCAUCGUCCGGCCGACUGCUGAUCGACGUCCGUUUCUGACGUUUUCACCAUGCGCUCUUUUUUUC